CAAUAACACAUACAAAUAAUCAGCAGUGUGCAUAACUCCAAUUGAGCGCCUUUGAUCGGACCCCGAUACAGGGAUAUUACCUUAUCAAGUACUAUCGUGUCGUUGCACAGUGGAGCGCAUUGCAUCUCUGACGACAUCCGAAUCCGGUUCCUUUCUUCAGCUUGCGUAUAUAAGAAGUCAGCGCUGCGAUUUGCAUUCCAUCGCACAUAUUUCAGAGAAGAACCAUGGCAACACAGCAAGACCGGAAGCUUCCUUUUGGAAAAAUUGAGCCCAACUCGGCUAAAUACUUUUGGAGUUGCGCAUUAGGAGGGGUGGUUGCUUGUGGACCGACUCACACGGCCGUCACUCCGCUCGAUCUGGUAAAAUGUCGUCGCCAGGUUGAUGCCAGUAUCUACAAAUCCAACAUCUCCGCAUGGCGUACAAUCUACGCCAAAGAAGGAUUGCGCGGUGUCAUCUUCGGUUGGUCCCCGACAUUCGUCGGAUAUUCCUUCCAAGGUGCCGGCAAAUACGGAUUCUAUGAAUACUUCAAGUACCUGUACGGAGACAACCUCUUCCCCAACACGAACCGCACCCUCGUACACCUGGGCGCCAGUGCCUCGGCCGAGUUCUUCGCCGAUAUGGCUCUUUGUCCCUGGGAGGCGAUAAAAGUGCGCAUGCAGACCACGUUACCACCGUACGCCCAGAACCUGCGCGAGGGAUGGAGCAAGCUGGUCGCUAAGGAAGGAAUGGGUGGGUUGUACAAGGGAUUAUAUCCGCUGUGGGCGCGACAGAUCCCCUACACCAUGACCAAGUUUGCGACAUUUGAGGAGACGGUGAAUCGGAUCUAUAAGUCAUUGGGUAAGGAGAAGGAGAACUGCAGUGGACUGCAGCAGACGGGUAUUAGUUUCGCAGGUGGUUAUAUCGCUGGUAUCUUCUGUGCCGUUAUCAGUCAUCCGGCCGAUGUGAUGGUCAGCAAGUUGAAUGCGGAUCGGAAGGCUGGCGAAUCUGCAAUGACUGCGGUUUCGCGAAUUUACGGAAGCAUCGGGUUCCCUGGUCUGUGGAAUGGUCUGACAGUCCGUAUCCUGAUGCUGGGAACUUUGACCGGCUUCCAGUGGUUGAUCUAUGAUUCGUUCAAGGUCUUCCUUGGUCUCCCGACAACCGGUGGUCAUUAGAUCCUUUCCUGGAUCAUUUCAGUUGGUUUGGUUCUGUUUGUGUCUAGAUACGAUUGAUGAGUACCCAAUACCAUUACUUCCUUGUAUCUCUGCAAGUCC